CACAGCAGCGCGGCUCGCAACGCCAGUCGACUCGCGAGCACAACAGCUAUUUGAUAAACUUUGCGCGCAAUCUCGGGAGAAACAGUAAGUACAGAAAAAAAAAAAAAAAUACGCCGAGAACCUGUUCCUUGGGAGCGAGGAGGGGGGUGGGGGCACCGCGGUCGUAACGCGCGCUCCUUCGAUAUCACAUAACGCGUUACUAGUGGGGGGCAAGGAGGUAACGGCGGCGUGCGUUAUAUUACAUCCUCUGCAAGGCUUCGUUGUUGUUUUUUUUUUUUUUUUUUUUAUCUUUAUGUAACGCAAAUGCACGGGAGUCGUAAACGACUGGAUUUUUCGUUUGCGAGUGAACGAAACGACAAAUAAGUGUAGCCGAAAACAAAAAUCAUCCAUAGGGGAGGGCGACAAUGAGAGGUAUUCUGAUAUUCGAUCACCUGAACGACGUAUUGUUUACCAAGUGCAACAGAAAGUUCGCCAACCAUGUGCAGAAACUCGCCAGGCUCCAGGGUCUCCUCGGCGAGAACAACAACUUGCAGGGCGACACGGACACGUCGAGCUUCAAGCCGAGCCCUAACGUGAUAAUGCAACUGUUCUCGCCGCUCGUCACCUCCCAGCACGUCAUGGCAUCGCAAUUUGGCAACACCUACACGGCGAUGCGCUGCCACGACGGUACAAACAUGGUCUUCGACGAGUUCAUGGGUCACACGUUCAUCUACGUCUCGAGCGAGGACCCGGACCUGAUGCGGAGGACCCUGGGCGUGUGCGUGGCCAUCGUGAAGCACCUCUGCGGCCCGGACGUCUCGAUACUGAAGACGAGCAGACAGAAGGUCGAGCUGGUUUCGCAUCUCUUGGACGCUUGGGGCGAGUUGAGGGGUUGCGAGCAGAGCCUCCUCACCGAGGCCGUGGAGCAGCUGUCGGUGAAUCACGAGCUGGCAACGGGUACCCUCAGGGUACUCAGCGACGCGGCGGACAAGCUCAGAGCCCAGCCCGAGUUCACGAACGUUCACGCCUUGGUGCUGGUAGGGCAGAAGUUUUUGUCGCUCUUCUCGAGCAAGAACGCCCAGGACCUCCUGGCCUCGGAUGUGCUGCUGAUGGUCUUGCUGUGUCAUGUGGCCAACAAGGACAAGGCCAGGGAAUGUGACACCUCGGAGAACUACAUACUCAUGUCGCGCUGUACUCCGGACGAUGAGAGGCCGGCGAUGCGGAACUCCUCCGGCAAACUGUCCAAGCCCACAACCGAGGACAUCAAUAUUCUGUUCGAGGGGUCGAGGGCGUCGUCGGUUAACGAGGGUCUGGACGGCCUCUACAGUCAACUGGUGCUUCUGGGCUCGGAGGUGAGCGGCUACACGGCCAACGCGGUCCACAUAUCCGACCUGACCGACGGCAUCAAUCUGGUGAUUAUAGUCGAGAUGACGGGCUCGGCCAUAGCAUCCGGACUGUACGACUGUUUUUACCACCUGAACGUCAUAGGGGGGUUGCAGCUGCAGCGCGACGUCGACGAGCUGAGGCCGGCUUUCGACAAUCUGGAGGGAGCUGUCAAGCGUGCCUUCGAUGGUAUCAGGAAGAACCGGGGCAGCGUCAGCAACGACGUCGACAUGUGCCAGAGGAGGCUGCAAGCAAAAUGGGAUCAGGUGAGGAAAAAGUAUGCCGAGCUACUCAAGACCCGCGACGUGGAGUCGAUUUUGAUGAUCGAGUCCAACACUGGGAGCUUUUUCGAAACUCUGAAGGAGCUCUUCAGGUUGACCUGUAUGGACAGGAACUUUCUUCAGCUGGGGACCGACGUGAUUGUCACGGUUUGCAGAUUGGUCAGUCAGAAACUGAACGAUUUCAGUGAUUUUCACAGGGUCAAGGCUCUCAAGAACUUCACCAUUGGAUCGAGAACUUCCCUGACGAUCAACAAAUAUCUCGAAGAGUUUCCUGGUCUGGUGCACUUUAUAUACAUAGACAGGACGACUCACAGGUUGACUGCCCCAACAAUAGAUUUUACAAAUACUGAAACAUUAGAAUUGACAACGAAAAAGAUAUGGACGAUGGUCGAGCAGAGUCGAAUACACCUGCAGGAGGGACACAUGUCUAUAAUGUGGAAAGACACUACGUUUAAUUACGCAUACUUUUUGUGGUUCGAAGACAGCUCGGGUUCACCGCUGAAAUGCAAGACAUACUUUAAUCACAUCUUAAAAAACUUUCCAGUUCCUGGUAUUCUCUGCGGAGAUUAUUACAGAAAACUAGUGGAAACGUACUUCCCAAAGCUCUCACCUAACAAAAUACGUAUUUACGAGCUUUUCUGUGUCCACCUCGGCCUGGCAACUUCAUCAUGCGUUCUCGAGCACUCGAGACGCCUCGCAGCUACCAUUUGGGAAAUUACUGGUCUUCCUAACAAUCCAGCUGAUUUACUAUGAAAUUCACAUAUAUGUGACUUUAUAACACUUGAAUCAACGCUGAAGACCUUUGAGUCCUUUUGUAAUCAUGAAUCAAGAUGGUCUCGUCUUUAUAUUAUUUUUUAAUAAAUAACUGCUAACCAUUAAUGUAACAAAUAUAAAAAAUUAAUAGAAGAGAGCCAUUUUCGAGCGAAAAUCAAUUGUCUACAGAUAAACUGAAAAAAUCCGUAUUUUACUGAAUGAAAUAAAAAAAACUUAAAAAAAGAUAGAAAUGUAUAAAACGAGACACAGCAUUUCAUCCUCAUUUCCGAGUAUCUGUUUGUACAUAAGGACAACUUGUGAACGAGAUCGUAGGUCUGUCUCGUCAAAUUUCCUUUGAUCAAACGCGAGUUUAUCAGU